CGCGCAAUGUUUACGUUUGUCCUUAUGUGGGGGCUGAGUCAGUUUUAGGCGAAACGUCUUGUAGAGCCACGUACGCUUUAACUAAGCUAUAUAUAUUACAUCAGGUGUCAUAGAAGACAAUUUAAUGUGACACUCAGGGUGUUAUACAGAUUCUUUCCAACAUUUACGUAGCCAGCAGUUUACUGAUAAAAGCAACAAGAAUGAAAAAGAUGUGGAUUUCUGGUUUACUCUCCAUGUUAUUGGUCCUAAUGUUUCUGUGUCAAGCCAAAGCGUGGGGCAAUAAAGAUAAGGUCCUGUUAUCAGACGUUAAAACUUUGACACUGUCUCAGGGUAGGAUGACCAAUGGUCGUAGGUCUUCCCCAGUACCACAGUUAAAGUGUGUUGGUGGUACAGCAGGGUGUACAGCCUUUGUGCCCCAGGUGGUACAAUGUUAUAACAUGGGAUCUGAUGGCAGUGAUUUACAGUGGGAGUGUAAGACAGACAUGGACAAUGCAGUCAGAUUUGGUAAAGUGGAGGUGACAUGUGAAGGUUACGAAUAUCCAGAUGACCCAAACAUUCUCAAAGGAUCUUGUGGUCUGGAAUACACUAUAGAUUUUACCAAAGAAGGUUACCAACAGCAGCAGCGUCAGGGAGGACAUCAGUACUAUCCUAACAGUGAUCAUCACCAUGACAGCUAUUCCUCCUUCAAGCCAAAAAAGCACAGCACAUUCUUUGGUGACCUGAUGGUGUUUGCUAUAGUGUGUCUGAUGAUCUAUGGAAUCUACAAGAUGUGUCUGUCUACACCAAACAGAGCACAAGAUGCCCCACCUGUUGGUACCCCUGGGUACCAAAGACCAACACCCUCAGCCCCACCACCUUAUGAAGCUCCACCCUCAUAUCAGGAUGCUACAUCUGGGAACUAUGGGCCACCGCCCUCAGGGUUUUCACCACCACCCCCAGGAUUCAGGCCAGAGUGUACACAGACACAAGGAGGUUAUUGUUCAGACACCAGGACAGAUACCAAUAGUGGUCAGUCUACUGGGGGAGGGUUUUGGUCAGGGUUUACAGGUGGUGGCAUCCUAGGAUAUUUACUGGGUAGUAACAGGUCAAGACAACACCAUUAUUAUCAUCAUCGCCCUGGCUGGGGAUCAGGAUGGGGAUCUGGAUGGGGAUCUGGAUGGGGAUCAGGAUGGGGAUCUGGAUGGGGAUCUGGAUGGGGAUCAAGAUGGGGAUCUGGAUGGGGUUCCAACAGGAGCUCUAACUGGGGAUCUGGGAGGUCUUCAAGCAGUUCAUCGUCUUGGGGAUCAAAUUCUGGCAGCACUGGAACUAGAACAGCAUCAGGAUUUGGAGGCACAAGAAGACGCUAGACAACUGUUAGUGUAAAACCUGUAGUGAUAAAAGUCUUCUUCUAAGAGACUGCAGACGACUCUUUCCAUUUCCAGGAUUUGGUGGAACUUCUAUACGCUAGAAGGGUUACGGUUUACGAAUUACAUGGUGUCAGAGAGGAUCUUUCCCUGGACAUGGUUUUAAAAGGAUAAUAUUUAUCGCGCCUUUGAACAUAUACUGCACGCGAACUUUCAGGUCUGCUUAGGACGUUGUGUAUUCUGUCUAUCAUCGUGUAUUUGUUAUGGAUGUUUGUAAAUUUUACAUUCGCUUCAUUGAUUAUCGUUUUGAUAUUAUGACACAGCAUCCAAAAUGGCGUGACGAUUUUAAUAUUUUUUUAUUUAUUGUUAUCGUUAAUGAUAUUUAUGUCAGGAAAGGAGAAUUAUGUAUCUUAAUAUAGGCAUUUUUGGAAAUAAAGUAUUUUGUUAACA